AUGGGUGAAAAGCACUCCAGCGGCGUCAGCGUUGCUAGCCAAGCCGUCGGCGAUAUCUUGCAGCUCGAGGCGCAGGAGCAGCUGCGCAACGUGCAACGGCACCAUCUCAAUGACCCCAAUCUGCCCGAUGAGUUCAUCGACGAGGUUGCCGACGCGCUGGCCUCGACGGACCCCAAGACGGUGAUUGCCGAGGUCGAGCACAUCCUCGAGGACUCGCCGUACCCCGAAGUCCGCGCCGCCGUGCGCAUCUCCGACGAGGAUGUGCCCGCCAACACGAUCCGCGCCUGGGUCAUCGGCAUGCUUUUCACCACUGUCGGUUCCGGCCUGAACAUGCUCUUCAGCAUGCGCGCGCCUUCCAUCACCAUCACCACCUACGUGGCCCAGCUACUCUGCCAUCCCGUCGGUGUCGCCUGGUCCUGGGCGCUGCCGAAUCGUCAGUUCAGCCUCUUUGGCCUGAAGUUCAACUUGAAUCCUGGCCCGUGGAACAAGAAAGAGCACACGCUCGUUGUUAUCAUGGCCAAUGUCAGUUUUGGAGGUGGCUCUGCCUUCAGCACCGACAUUAUUCUGGCCCUGAAGCAAUUCUACAAGCAGGAUUUCGGAUGGGGAUUCCAGCUUCUUCUCACCUUUACCAUUUCCAUGUGCGGCUUCGGUAUGGCGGGCUUGUUUCGUCGCUAUCUGGUUGAGCCCGCCGCCAUGAUUUGGCCCACCAACCUCAUCAACACAUCACUUUUCUACGCCCUGCACGACCACUCCCCCUCCGAUCCCGCCAGGACCAAUGGCUGGUCUAUUGGUCGAUAUAGGUGGUUUUCGUAUGUCUGUCUGGGAUCUUUUCUGUGGUACUGGUUCCCCGGUUUCAUCGCGCCGUUCCUCAGCGUCUUCGCCUUUGUCACCUGGAUCAAGCCCCAGAGUCCAGUGGUCAAUCAGCUCUUUGGAGGCUGGACUGGUAUAUCUCUGAUUCCAAUUACCUUUGACUGGACCCAGAUUAGUGGUUACACAACCUCGCCGCUCAUUUUCCCGUGGCACGCCAUUGCCAAUACCACUGUAGGUGUUGUCAUCUUCAUGAUGAUUACCAACAUUGGCAUCCAUUACAGCAACGUCUUCUACAACCUCUACCUCCCCAUUAGUGACUCUGAGAGCUACGACAAUACUGCUCAGCCUUAUAAUGUCAGCCGCGUGCUUACUCCAAACUACGAGCUCGAUCUAGAAAAGUACCAAGCUUAUUCGCCACUCUUUCUUUCUGCCACCUUCACCAUGGCUUACGGCAUUUCUUUCGCCGCCAUCUCUUCAUUGGUGGUCCACACCUUUCUCAACCACAGCAAAGAGAUCUGGCUACGACUCACUACCAUGGGCAAGGAUGACGAAGACGUCCACACGAGAAUGUAUGCAAAGUACGAUCCAGUUCCAUUCUGGUGGUACGCCAUCCUCUUCUUUUCCAUCUUUGGCAUGGGUCUCGGAACGGUUCUUGGCUAUGAAACUCACAUGCCUGCUUGGGGCUACAUUGUGGCCAUGGUUAUUGCUUGGCUCUUCAUCCUUCCUACGGGCAUCAUUCAGGGUGCAACCAAUGUUCAGCUGGGUCUCAAUGUCUUGACCGAGUUUAUGGCCAGUUACAUGCUCGAGGGCCGUCCCGUUGCCAACAUGCUCUUCAAGGCUUACGGAUACAAUGCCUUGUACCAGGGUCUUGCCUUUGUCAGCGACAUGAAGAUGGCCAUGUAUAUGAAGGUCCCACCGAAAACCGUCUUCAUGGGCCAGGUUAUAGCUGUGAUUUGGUCUUCCAUUGUCCAGAUUGCCGUGUUGAAUUGGGCGCUCGGUGCCAUCAACGACAUUUGCACAGCAAAGCAGGAGAAUCAUUUUACCUGUCCGGGUGCCAAGGUCUACUUCAACGCCUCUGUUAUCUGGGGUGUCAUUGGCGCCCAGCGCAUGUUUGGCAUCGGAGCCCUAUACUCGUCCAUGCUCUGGUUCUUCCUCAUUGGUACCAUCUGCCCGGUUGUGACUUGGUUUAUUCUACGCCGCAACCCACGUUCUAUUGUGCGCUUCGUCAACUGGCCCAUUAUCUUUGGUGGCGGUGGUAUGAUUCCACCCGCCACGGCCCUCAACUAUCUUUCCUGGGCCUGGGUUGGCUUCUUAUUCAACAAAUACAUCCGUAACAAGUACCGCGGCUGGUGGAUGCAGUUCAACUACAUCACCUCUGCCGGCCUUGAUGUCGGCUUGGCGUUGAGCACCAUCCUCAUCUUCUUUGCCCUGAGCUUGUCGGGUACGGAGAUGGCUCCCUGGUGGGGUUCUGUGGGAGCUCUGAAUACCAUGGAUGUUCAGGAUACUGCGAUCAUCAGGCCUCUUGCCGAUGGCGAGAAAUUUGGGCCCAAGACUUGGUAA